UCAUGGGCGUACGGUCGAAGAUGCUGGCGAUCGCCGCUUGGCGACUCUUUCUGCUUUUACCAACAGUGGUGGGGCAAAGCCCUAAUGUCACGAACCCGUUGGUGCCCGAGAACUUCACAACCAAUGUAAAGGUGAAACUGACGUACAGGACAGCAGCCGACAAAGUGGGAUCCGUGUGUGGACAAUACAUCGAUGUCCAGGGGAGCAGCACGGUGAUAGAUUUACCUGCCCCUGAUAUCGAGCGGAAAGCCUCACAGGUGCGCACGGCCCCACAAGUUCAGUUCACAGGACUUGACACAACCAAGCUUUAUACCUACCUUGUGGUAGAUCAGAGCAUAAUUAUCCCAAUGUACGGUAGUAGAGAGAGGCCGUUUGUCCAGGAGUUAAGGGUGAACGUCCGUGGAGGAGAUAUCAACACUGGCGUUGUUGUUGCCCCACAUCACCCGGUGGUACCCGAGAAUAUCACAAGUGGCAUACACGUGCUCGUGUACAGCCAACCAGCGGAGUUCACCAACCCAGACAUCAGCGAUUACGUCAACACCGAGUGUGGAUUGGGUUUAAGAUGUGACUUCGACGUCCUGCAGUUCGCUAUGAACAACUCUCUAAACUUGGUGUUCGCUGGAGGAUUUCGGGUCCAAGAGGACGAAUUUUCAAUUGCUGCUAUCGCCGCGUUCAACGAGCAAGUGGCUUGUCACAAGCUGUGGCGCUUCAGAGCUGCCAAAAACCCUCUUAUUGGUGACGCCGACUUGAUGAUCGGAAUGAAGGCUGUUUUCAAGACCAAAGAAGUAGUGACAGAGCCGCUCUGUGCCCGCGUUUUCCAUUACAUGGAUGAUGAGGUGUACGUAAAGUGGAACAGCACUAAGGCCUUCCCAUCCAGAAAGGUCCGUGCUCUGCCUCAUGUCUACCUUCGGCCCAUGAUGGAACAGACCAAUACUGAGGGUGGUAACAUGGAAGGCGAUAAAAUGGGUGGAGACAAAAUGGACGGUGACAAAAUGGGCGGCGACAAAAUGGAAGGUGACAAAAUGGGCGGCGACAAAAUGGAUGGCGAUAAAAUGGGUGGCGACAAAAUGGGAGAAUCCGACAAGCCCAGUAACAAAUCAGCCGAGAAGAAAGAUCAUUGGUUCACCCUGUUGUUGGUUGACCAGACCAUCACCGACACAAACUCCAGAGAAGAGCCUUUCGCCAACUGGGUUGUGUCCAACAUCAAGAACACUGACCUCAGCUCCGGGGACUGCAGUGUGCCUUACUUCCCCGUGUUAGCGCCCCGCGGGGUGGCGCAGGCCACUUUCCUUCUCUACAAGCAAUCUAAGCACAUUGAGAUAGACCCCAGCGAGUAUGCCAAGGAUACGCCCUGUCAUUAUCAAUUCAGGUGUAACUGGGAUAUCCGUCGCCUGGUGAAAGACAAGGGCCUGAAGCUGGUGGGCGCUCUGCCCUUCCAGGUCAAGGCCGAUCCCGUCUCCAUCACCCACUGGGUCAAAGAGGAAAUGCUGAAGCCAGAAGAGGGGUGCCGAGAACUGGCUAAGUUCAACCAUGAGGGCCGCAUGCUCGGAGAAUGUCUGCCAAAAUUCGACGCCUGGAAAGCUUUGAAGAAGGAAUUGGACGAAUGUGUGAUGGAAUUCCAGAAGAAGAUGAUCAUGGAGAAAAUGAAGAACAUGUGUCCAGAGCUGGGAGAGCACUUCUCCAAGGAGAUGAAGAAAUGGGGAGACGAGAAAAAGGGCGGCGAAAUGGGCGGGGCUAUGCAGGAGUAUGGAAAAAUGAAAGACAUGGGAGGUAAAGACGACAUGAAGAGCAUGAUGGAUGACAUGAAGAAAGAAGACAUGGAAAUGCUGAUCAAGAAAUUCCUUAUGGAUGCCAUGGAUAAAAUGGACAAGAUGAAAGAAGCAAAGGAAGGCGAUGUGAUGAAGCCCGAUGAAGACAUGAAGGGCCCUCACUGUAUUCAAGUGGUGACGAAAUACAUGAUGAUGAUGAAAAAGAAGAUGAUGGAAGGCGACGACAAGAUGGACGAUGAAGGCGAUAUGAACAUGGAAGAAGGAUGCAAGUGUCUGAAAGCAGCAAAGAUGUUUAUGAAAGAGCACUGGGAAAAGUACCAGGCUAAGAAAGAAGCUGAGAAGGACUGGGAAAAAUGGAGAAGCUGGGGUGGCAAAGGAGAGAUGAAAGACAAGGAAGAUGAAAAAGCUGAAUGGGACAAAAUGAUGAAAGAAAUGUGGAGCAAAUGGGAGGAAAAGAAAGAUGAAAAAGACGACUGGGGAAAGGGUGAAGAUGACGACAAAGUGAAAAAAAUGAUGGAAGAGUUGAAAACGAAAAUGAUGAAAGAAUUUUGGGAUAAAAUGAAGGGAGGUGAAAAGGGUGGAGAUAAAGACUGGGAAUCCAAAUGGGACAGCUGGAAAAACUGGGGAAAAGAAGUAAAGAAGGGCGAAGAGGAAGACAAACUGAAGAAAAUGAUGGAGGAGAUGAAAGCGAAAAUGAUGAAAGAAUUUUGGGAUAAAAUGAAAGGAGGUGAAAAGGGUGGAGAUAAAGACUGGGAAUCCAAAUGGAACACCUGGAAAAACUGGGGCAAAGAUGAGAAAAAAGAUGGGGAAGGGGACAAAAUGAAGAUGAUGAUGGAGAUAAUGAUGAAAAUGAAGAUGAUGAAAGAAAUGAUGGAAAAGAUGAAGAAAGCGGCGAUAUGA